AUGUUUGCAAAUGAUUCAAUCGAUGACUUCCCAGAAGGUGGACUGAAAGCUUAUUUAGCAGUCUUGGGAUGUUGCUUUGGAUUAGUUCCAUGUUUUGGUAUAUUAAACUCAUUAGGUGCUAUUGAAACUUAUAUCUCUGAAAAUCAAUUGGCUAAUGUGGAAUCAUCAACUGUUUCUUGGAUUUUUUCAAUUUUUUUAUUUGUUAAUUUCACAAGUUGUAUCUUUUCAGGAACUUUUUUCGAUAGAAAUGGUGCUAAGAUUCCUUUAAUAGUUGGUGCUACUUUAUUAUGUGGUGGUCUUUUCGCUACAGCUAACUGUUCAAAAGUUUGGCAAUAUGUUUUAGCAUUUGGUGUACUUUGUGGAUUAGGAAAUGGUUUAACUUUAUCACCAUUAGUCAGUGUUGUUCCUCAUUAUUUCAACAGAAAGAGAGGAUUCUUCUCAAGUAUUGCUUCCACUGGUGGUAGUAUUGGUGGUAUUGUGUUCCCAAUCAUGCUGAGAAAGCUAUUUGAUCAGGUUGGUUAUGCUUGGACUAUAAGAAUUUUUUCAUUCGUGGUCAUGGCUUGUCAUAUUGUUGCAAUUGUAUUUGCUAGAGAAAGAUUACCACAUGUGAAAACUGAUAGAACAACCACACAAAAACUGAUGAGUUACACAAAAGCUUUUGAUAUCAGUUCUUUUAAAGAAUGGAAAUUCGUGUUUGUUGUCUUAGGUUGUACAUUUGCAGAAUUAUCAAUCACAACAACUUCAACUUUUUACACAUCUUAUACUAGAGCCCAAGGAGCUUCAAUGUCCACGGCAUAUUUGUUAACAACUGUUGUCAACAUUGCUGGUAUUCCAGGCCGUUGGUUAACUGGUUAUUUGGCUGAUCGUGUUGGUCGUUUCAAUGUUAUCAUUACAAUUUUAUUAUUUGCAGGUAUCAUCACUUUGAUUAUUUUGAUCCCAUUCGGUCAACAUGAAGGCGCCCUUUAUGCUUUCUCUACAGUUUGGGGGUUCUCUACCGGUUCAGUGUUUUCAUUAUUACCUGUUUGUUGUGGGCAAAUCUCCAAAACUGAAGACUUUGGUAAAAGAUACAGUACAAUGUAUUUUGUUGUUGCAUUUGGUACUUUGGCUAGUAUUCCAAUUGGUGGUGCGAUCAUUGAUGAUCGUAGCCCUGUUCACUUCAACAACUUUAUGAUCUAUUCUGCAAUUACUGCCAUUGCUGCCGCAGGAUUCUAUACUGUUGCAAGAAUUCUUUGUGUUGGUUCAAAGUUUACGAAAAAGUUUUAG